AUGACAGCAUCAAUAUUUGGUACUUCGGUGCACGGAAAGAAAGCAAUCAAAGCAGGUGGUGGUGGGGUAACCAAAACAAAAAUGAUUAAGCAUUUGGAGAAGACAAUAGAAGCACAAGCUUGUCAGAAGCGUAAAAUGGCAAAAGCUGUCAAAUAUUAUGAGCAAGAGUUGGAGAAUGUAAAAAGAUUUCAUCAAAUUAUGGUCGAAAUCAUGGCGGAGGAUAUAGCAAGUUUACGAAUGGAGCUUAAUGUAAUUAUGAUGAAAUUCGUGAAGAACGAGAUCUUUGGAUCAAAGAGAUUAAUGAGAUCCCAGCUUUUCGAUGUCGAACUUUCGAACAGGAGACGGAGAGAAAAGGCGCGGAAUCUUGGAAAGAUUUUGGUUCUUGGAGGGGCCAAUCAAACGUAUUAUGCGGUAGUCAUGGACCCUAGCGCGCGCUUUAAGAUUCGUUACGAGGUUCCCGUCAAUUCGACCUUACCUGGUCCAAUAAUGGCCAUUGUUUAUGUCGACGGUCAAUAUGAUUAUACGUAUGUUCCCAUAGUCAGGCAUGAAGAAAGAAUUCAAAUUAAAGAUGGAUUUACCCAUGUAGCAAAAAAUAUGAAAUAUCAAUUCAAAUUUGACCUCAUGCCUCGGAGGGAGGACGAUAAGAAACAUACCACAGCUACGAAUGGAUUUGACGAUACGGAAUUUCAUAUUCCAAAAAUAGGGGGUCUCGGAGCUGUAUCUGUCUGUUUCUAUCGGGCAGAACACCAUUACCAAAAGGUUAAACCGAUAGAAUAUGACAUUAAACAACCGGAAAUCCCCGAGAAAAUGGAGGAUCUAAAUUUAGAACCUCGAUUUGCUACCUCCUUUGAUGAGACACCUAUUCCCAUUACUACCCCCUUAGAAUCCGUCUUAAAAAAAAAGUCCGAUCGACCGCUGGCCGUAGUUCACUUACAUUAUCGUUCAAAGUCUUGGUUAAUGGAUAGAAGCAUUCCAAAAAAUUUACAAGAAUCAUCUCUCAAACACGAAGUUUUAUCUGGCUCAUUGCUACCGCCGCCUCUAUCUUCUAUGUCAAAAAAUUUUACACUACCUUGCCCGAGUAAAGUUCUCUCAUCACCCAUCGUUAAUGUCUUGAGAGAAACUAACACUCUUGAUUCAGCAAACAAUAUUUCUAAUGUUGGUCAGGGCGAUGCAUUAGAAAGAGAUAAUAAAAAGUCGAAGAAUUGUGAAAAAGUUCAAAACACUCUCGAAGCCAAAGAUAAAAUUAAUGACAAUGAGAAUAAUAAUCUUGGCGGUGCUAAUGAUUCUGCCGAGAAUGAGGGAACUUCUGGUGAUACUAAAACUUUGACUAAGGCCAACUUAAAAAAGUGGUGGAGCAGAUGGAAAUCCUCGGCGCGUAGUGAAAAUAUUGAUCCGGGACAGAGGAAGCCCAGAAGUGAGAUAUGCGAAGAGAAUGAAAUAUCAUCCGUAUCAACACUAGAUGGAUGUGAUAAAAAGAAAAAGAGAAAAUUCACCGAUUCUAAAGAAAUUUCGGUGAUAUCAUCCAAUUGA